GAAUUGAUCGCCAAGUUGGUUGUUUCCUGAAUGUCUACGGAGUUCGUCAGACAAGCAAGCUGUAGGACAUACUUGAUCCACAUAGAUGUACCAAGAUUAUUUUGCAGCAAGGGUCUCACAAGUUGGGAAUUCCGUAUUUGGUCUGACCAAGAAGUCAUAGCAAGCCAAGCCAGAUAAGUAAUUUGUGCAUCUGUAGGUGGCUUUUCAUUCAACUAUUAGCAAUUGAUUUUUUAUAGCUCAGCCAUUAGCAAUUGUUAGUGUCUGUGUAUUCAUGUAACUAUUGUUCCGUG